AUGAUGCAACCUGUCCUGGACCUGGUUGCAGGAUCUCGGUGGAUACGAGGUCCUGACUUUCUACUCAGUGUUGAAGAGCGGUGGCCAAAGGGAAAGGAACUGCCAGCAGUUCUGAACGACUUACUGGAGGUGAAACGAGAAGUACACCAGAGAUCUGUAGUUGCUCUGGCAGUGAGCGAGCAGUCAAAGUGGUCCCUCGCCAAACUGUGGCUAAGGUACUCAUCAUGGUACCGCUUGGUGAAAGGGGUGGCAUGGAUUAAAAGGUUCAUUUGGUGGCUUGGGUCCAGUACAAGGACCGCAGACCUGCGCCUCAAACUGAAGAGGCUAAGCACUGAGGAACUACAGUCGGCUGAGCAAACAAUUAUAAAAUUGGUGCAGAAAGAGGCUUAUGAGAUGGAAAUCCAAACUGUCAUAAAGGGUGAGCUGCCGAAGGACAAUAAGCUAUAUAAACUGGAACCUUACUUGGACGAGCGAACGUUGCUCAGAUCAAAGGGAAGAAUUAAAGGAACCCUUCUUGGGCGAAGUGGUGAGGAGCCAAUCUUGCUGCCUAGAGACCACCACAUCACCGAAAUCAUAGUGCGGGAGAUGCACGAAGACAGAGCCGGACAUGCCGGACGAGACACACGAUGGGCUGUUCAUCUAGAAGUCUUGGCCUCAUUAGACGCAGAUGCCUUCCUCAACGCAAUAACAAGGUUCUCACGACGCAGAGGUACGCCAGAGCCUAUUAGGUCGGGUAAUGGGACAAACAUGGUACGGGCAGCCAAAGAGCUCAAACUGGCAGUGAAAAGUUGGGAGCAAGAUGACAGACUCAGAGGUGCCUUACUGAAAGCAGAUAUUGACUGGGUCUUCAAUCCACCAGCUGCCCCAUACAUGGGGGGAGUGUGGGAAAGGCAGAUUCGCACAGUAAAGAAGGUUCUGCAGGCGAUUGUGGGCUCACAAGUUUUAGACGAUGAACGUCUGCAAACACUGUUCUGUGAAGUGGAAGCCAUAGUUAACGAGAGGCCAAUCACCUUGGCUCCAAACACUCCAAAUGAACCAAAGGCUCUCACUCCUGCUGAUCUUUUGCACUUAAGUCAAUAG